ACAUCGUUUGAUGCCCUUUCCUACUGGAAACGGCUAAAACCCUAACUUCGUCCGCGUCUAUUUCUCUCUCUCUCUCUCUUUCUGGGCUUUCAUGGCGGGCGGACGAGCGCGAAAACUUUAAACCAUUAAGCUACGAGUAACCUUCAAAACAGUGAACAGUGGGUCUCGGCCAAACAGUGACCAGCGAGUCUCUGGGCCGGAAAGCAUCCCAUGGCCGACGGAAAACGCCGGAGAUCGGGAACACCGGAGGAGGAAUCGGACGAGGAAUUCAGUCCGAAAGCUAAAACCCUCAACCCUAAAAACGCCAAGAAGCCGCGGAAGAAACCUUCGUCGUCGUUGUCGCGCUCAUUCGCUUCCUCGCUCGGUUCCCUCCUCAAGGCCGACUCCUCCAUUCUAUCCUCUCUCAAGCAGUUCCACAAGGAGGAAAAGCAGUCGUUAGAGGAACAAUCCCGCGCCCAUACGCUUUCCGUCUCCGACCUGAAUCUCCCCUUUCCCUGCCACGAGGUCGCCGAUCUCCCCUCCUCGUCCGUAGGAGAUGCCAUAGAGCGGACGAUCCUCUCCCUCGCGCGCUCCAUCCUCGCCGGAAAUGGAUUCUCCUUCUCCAUCCCCUCUCGGACGAACGCGAACCAGGUAUACCUCCCCGAUCUCGAUCGGAUCGUCUUGAAACACAAUCCGCUCACUCGCCCCUUUGCUAACGUCUCCACGGUGCGGAAAGCGUCCAUCACCGCCCGGAUCCUGCAUCUGGUCCAUCAGCUCUGCAAUAAGGGCAUCCAUGUGACCAAGCGAGAUCUCUUUUACACGGACGUAAAGCUCUUCACCGAUCAGGGGCAGUCCGACGCGGUCCUUGACGACGUCUCGUGCCUGCUCGGCUGCACUAGGUCGAGCCUUAACGUCGUCGCCUCGGAGAAGGGCGUGGUUGUCGGCCGGCUCGUCUUUUACGAUAGCGGUGACCGGAUCGACUGCACCAAAAUGGGCGUCGGUGGCAAGGCGAUCCCCCCAAACAUCGACCGGGUGGAAGGGAUGGAGAGCGACGCAUUAUUCGUCCUCCUGGUCGAGAAGGACGCUGCGUUUAUGCGCCUCGCGGAGGACCGCUUCUACAAUCGCUUCCCCUGCAUCAUCGUCACCGCUAAGGGGCAGCCGGACGUCGCGACAAGGCUCUUCCUGAGGAAGAUCAGAAUGGAGCUGAUGCUGCCCGUGCUCGCCCUCGUCGACUCCGACCCGUAUGGAUUGAAGAUCCUCUCUGUGUAUAUGUGUGGGUCGAAGAACAUGUCCUACGAUAGCUCUAAUCUCACAACACCGGGAAUCAAGUGGCUUGGCGUCCGGCCGAGCGACCUCGACAAGUAUGGGGUGCCGGAGGAAUGCCGCUUGCCGAUGACGGAGCAAGACGUAAAGACUGGGAAGGAUCUGCUUGAGGAGGACUUCGUGAAGAGGAAUAAGGGGUGGGUGGAGGAGCUGGAAUUGAUGGUGAGGACAAGGCAAAAGGCUGAGAUUCAGGCGCUUAGCUCCUUCGGGUUCCAGUACCUAACGGAGGUGUACUUGCCGCUGAAAAUCCAGCAGAGGGAUUGGUUGUGAUUUGUGGGUGAUUCUGGCAAUGGGGGGGACCUUCUCCUUCUGUUGGGAGGUUGCCUCAGUUAGGCUAAAUAAAGUUGCAGGCACGUGAGCGUUUUUACCAUUUAUUUAGACGGGAAAGCACACUUUGAAUCUCUUGAUGUAGUCCCCGGCUGCGCGUGCCUCCGUGGUUAGUACCUCCAUGCCAGUGCUGUUAACCGUGGGUGUCCUAAUGAAAGUUGCACUAUGAUUCUUAACCGUCCUCUUAAGAACCCGGAGGCUUCACUGAGAAAUGGAAUAAAUGGCACAUAAUGGUACUGUGGGCAUUGCUGUGAACUUCGUUUACGAGUACAAACAUCUUGAGAUACAUGAACGAUGUGAUAUAUAUUUCUUCUGUUAAGACUCCGACAGUGCAUCGAACAUGUUUGGGCCUAUUAGAAAGCUGAAAGCAUCCUUAGGAAUGGUUAAUUGUAGUGAAUAUGACCUUGUAAUCGAGUGCUGGGAUUUCGUCUGUGGACCUAAAAGAUGGUCAAAGAAUGUUGCUGCUGGAAAAAAAAAAGAAAAGCUGAUGUAUUCUUAUGCGUGUGUUCCUAAAAAAGGAUUUUGGCCUCCCAUGUAUGUGGAAGGCCUCAUUUGGUGGCUGUAUCCUCGUAAAUAAUCAAAUAUGAGAUCUCUCAGGAUAAAAAGGAAAAGAAACGAGCGUUGCUUACUUUGUGGUACUUUUCACUCUUCCUUCUAACUUGAGAACCUGGAGAAUUGCGAAGAGGCCAAGGAAUACCUUUUCCAUCUAAUUG